CUCUCUCUCCCACCUCCGUACGCGAGGCCUGGCAGGCAGAGAGAGAGAGAGAGAGAAACGUACGCGAGAGAGAGAGAGAGAGGCAGAGGAGAUCGAGCUGCCGAUCUCGCCCGCCAUUCCCACCCCCGAUGCGAUCUCGCCGCCAAACCCUAGCAGCGAUCCCGCGCCCCAGCAGCAGCAGCACCACCCCGCCGGAGCCCCGGGCGCCGCGGCGUUGACGCCUGCCUGCUCCCGCGCGCGGCCGACUAGCUGAAGCUCAGCGCUGCUUCGUAGCGCAGCUCCCGCCUGCUCUGCUCGGCUCGGAGGCGGGGCCGGCGAUGGGGGCAGCGGACAAGUGGCUGCUGCCGCUGGUCUCCGUCUCCUUCGUCUCGCUCAUGCUCUUCCUCUCGGCGCUCUCGGGCUACUCGGCCUCCUCCGCGCUCUUCGCGCGCCUCCCGCCGCCCUCCUACGUGCGCCGCGGGGCCGCCGCGCCCCCCUCCUUCGCCUACCUGCUCUCGGGCGGCCGCGGCGAUGGCCGCAGGCUCCUGCGCCUGCUCCUCGCCGUCUACCACCCCCGGAACCAGUACCUGCUCCACCUCUCCGCGGACGCGCCCGAGGCCGAGCGCCUCGACCUCGCCGCCGCCGUCGCGCGGGCCGCCCCCGCAAUCACAGCCUUCGGGAACGUCGACGUCGUCGGCCGCCCCGCCGCGGGCACCCCCAUGGGCUCCUCCGGCCUCGCCGCCACGCUCCGCGCCGCCGCCGCCCUGCUCCGGCUCGACGCCGAGUGGGACUGGUUCGUCACGCUCAGCGCCGCCGAUUACCCCCUCCUCACCCAGGACGACCUGAUUCAUGUCUUCUCGUCUGUGCCAAGGCACCUCAACUUCAUCGAUCACACUAGUGAUAUUGGAUGGAAAGAGUACGUACUAUCUGAACUUAGUAAGAAUUUAGCCGCACUGGUAUUAGUUUCACCAAUAUAUUGUUGCAGGUCUCAGAGAGUGCAACCAGUCAUAGUAGAUGCUGGGAUAUACCUGGCUGGCAGGAAUCAGUUCUUCCAAUCCACAGAGAAACGGGCGACUCCAGAUGGUUUCAAAUUCUUCACAGGUUCUCCUUGGGUCAUUCUAAACCGGCGGUUUAUAGAGUACUGCAUUUUCGGAUGGGAGAACCUCCCUCGAACCCUUCUCAUGUACUUCACCAACGUGAUGCUGCCUCUGGAAGGUUAUUUCCACUCGGUCGCGUGCAACUCGGACUUCCGUAACUUCACGGUGAACAAUGACUUGCGGUACGUGGCCUGGGACGACCCGCCUCAGAUGGAACCCCGGUUUCUAAACAUUACACAUUAUGAGGAGAUAGUGGAGAGCGGAGUGCCCUUUGCUAGGAAGUUCCGAGAGAAAGAGUAUCUGUUGGACAGGAUUGAUGAGAAAAUACUCCAGCGGUGGCGUCACAGACCUGUUCCUGGAGCGUGGUGCACAGGCAGGAAGAGAUGGUUCAGUGAUCCAUGUUCCCAGUGGAGCAACGUCAACAUCGUAAGACCCGGGCCCCAAGCCGAGAAGUUCCGCAGAUACAUGGACCGGAUCCUGGAAGAAUCGAAGUCAAGCAACAGCUCAUGCGCGCAAUAGCAGCACUGAACCGCGAGGCUGCAUGCACUUUCCGGCAGUCGAGCGUGUCUCAUUUUGCACAGAUCGAGCGGCUCUCCACGUGUUCAGAACUCCGGCAUUUCCGCCUCCCGUGGGAGCAUUUUUGCUGCAGCUGGGUUGUGCGCACAGGGCCAAGGUGAGAGGGCGUGCCUAUUCUUUCAGAGAUAUUUUUGGUAGCUGCCAUGACUUGAAGGUCUCUUCUCACUGCUGCGUUGCAUCCCAGCAUUGUUGGAGGCCAGGGAGCUUUGGGCUGGGGGUUGAUUACCUCAGCUUGUAGGGAGUGUAAUUAGUAGCGAUGAGUCGAAGGACCUUGUGCGGAUGUUUAUAGAACCUUGGUGGAAUUCUUGGUGCUCCCAUACGGAAUUGAAUCGAGAGAAAGGCAAAAAAACAUGAAGGGUGGGGAA